AUGGCUAAGUUGCACCUUAAACGCACUCCAGCUGAAGAAACCGAACGGGCUCUCCGCAAGGCUCGAAAAGCCGCAAAGGCGGCAAGGAAGCGGUCACAUCUGUCGGAGGAAGCAGGCGAGCACGGAGAGUCUAGCUCCAAAAGGAGACGCAGGGUGGAAGUCAUUGAUUCUGAUCUUGACGAAGAAGUCUAUGGCCCUCCGCCUCCCCCAUCACUGUCAUCCGCACACAAAUCUGAUUAUGACUCCAUUCUUUCUGAGCUGGAGGAGGCUCGCUUCAAGGAGAAAAUGUGGGAUGCUUUACGGGAUGAUGAACGGCUGGAUGGUAUAGACGCUAGAUUUAACGAUUACGCCCAUGUUCCAGAUAGAUGGCGGGCGAAUACAGCCAGAGGUGGAAGCCCUGAGGACCAAACGGAUAUGGAUCCGCGGUUCAUGGACGAUGACACUUACGCCGAAUGGAUUCGAGCAGGGAUGUGGAGGCGAAAGCAUGCGCGCCAAUACGAAGAAGAAGCACGCAUGAAGGCGGAAAAGGCAGCUCGUAGCGCUAGGAAGAAGGAAAUGAAAGCAGAGACGGCCAGACUCGAAAAGGCUGUGGAAGAGCGAAGAAAGCAGAAGAAAAGAGAAAGGGAGAGCCAACGAGAAGAGAAUGCUCGAGCAGAGUACGACAGAAAGUGGAAGGUUCUCUUGGAUCCCAACACUCAGCAUGCCUCUUCGCUUUCCUUUGGAGACAUACCAUGGCCACUAUUUGUGCCCAUGACGCAGUCAGAUACCGCUCAUUCGGACGCAUCCUCAAUCACAUUAGAACACUUCACUGCGACAGCGAUAUCUGCAUUCCUGAUACCAAUUUCUACAACUUCUGCGCUCGCUCAGGAGGUUGGUGUUUCUCUCCCCAUUCACGAUCGUGACAAGAAGGAGAAGAAAGAGAAACUACGGGAGGCAAUGCUACGGUUUCAUCCGGACAAGUUUGAAGGACGGGUCAUGCGGAAGAUCAUCGAGACGGAUAAAGACAGAGUAAGGGAGGCUGUGGGUCAGGUGGUUCGAGUUCUCAACACUCUCAUGGAGGAAUAG